AUGGCCUACUACGCAGCUCCCCCAGCAUACUCUGCCUACCCCGCUCAAUCCCAAAAGUACUCCAUCCUCGGGGCAGUGGCCACCUGGACCAGGGCACAUGUGACGGUCCUUGGCCGACCA